CUUCCUCCAAACUGUCCAAGUGUCCGUUGCCAUCGUCCAUGGACAUGCCACAACCGACGUGCGCAAGCAACGGCGAUGGCAAGCCACACGUGCUUGUCGUGCCGUACCCGGCGCAGGGACACAUGCUCCCGCUCCUCGACCUCGCGGCGCUGCUCGCCGCGCGGGGGCUCGCGAUCACCGUCGCCGUCACGGCCGGGAACGCCCCGCUCCUCGCGCCGCUCCUCGCGGCCUGGCCGUCCGUGGGCACUGUCACUCUGCCUUUCCCGUCCUCGCCCCUCCUCCCGGUCGGGUGCGGCGAGAACACCAAGGACCUCCCAGGCCACCUCUUCCGGCCGUUUAUGGCCUCCCUCGCCGCCCUCCGCGCGCCGCUCCUCUCUUGGUGCAACGCCCAGAGCCGCCGCGUCACGGUCAUCGUCUCCGAAUUGUUCACGGGGUGGACGCAGCCGCUCGCCGCGGAGCUCGGCGUGCCGCACGUGACGUUCUCGUCUGCAGGCGUGCUCUACCUCGCCUUGUCGCACUCCCUCUGGCGCCAUGUGCCGAGGAGGCGCCGCCCCGACGACGAUGACGAGGCGGUCACAUUCCCGGAGAUUCCCGGAUCGCCUAGCUUCCCGUGGCGCCAGUUGUCGGGGCUGUUCCGUCAGCACGUGGCCGGCGAUGAGGUAUCCGAGGCGAUCCGCCAGUUCUUCCUGUGGAACCUGGACAGCGCGUACUUCGUCGCCAACUCGUUCUCGGCGCUCGAGGCCGCCUACGUGGAGCGCUCGCUCCCCGAUCUGAUGGCCAAGCGAGUGUUCGCUGUGGGUCCGCUGUCCGACGCCGUAGGCCCCUGCAGCGACCGUGGCGGAAAAUCCGCUGUGCCACGGGCGAACGUGGCCUCCUGGCUCAACGCGUUCGGCGACGGAUCCGUCGUGUACAUCAGCUUCGGGACGCAGCACGCGCUGUCACCGGCGCAGGCAGCGUGCGUGGCCGACGCGCUGGCGAAGAGCUCGGCGGCGUUCGUGUGGGUGGUGAGGAGCGGCACCGCUGUGCCGGACGGAUUCGAGGCGGCGACGGCCUCGCGCGGCAUGGUCAUUCGCGGGUGGGCGCCGCAGGUGGAGAUCCUGCGCCACAGGGCUGUAGGGUGGUUCUUAACGCACUGCGGUUGGAAUUCCGUACUCGAGGCCGCGGCCGCCGGCGUUGCGAUGCUCACGUGGCCGAUGGGCGCCGACCAGUUCACGAACGCAUUUCUGUUGGCGGAGGCCGGCGUGGCCGUGCCAGUGGCAGAGGGCGCCGAAACCGUGCCCGACGCUGGACAGGUGGCGAACGCGAUCGCUAAGGCGAUCGGGAAGGAGGGGAAGCCUGUGAGGGAGCGCGCGGUGGAGCUCGGCCUGAAGGCGGCGGCGGCGGUGGCGAAGGGCGGGAGCUCGCGCAGCGACUUGGAAGACUUGGUGCGCAUGCUCACUAUGGUAGUCUAGUGCGUGGUCUUUUACUGGGGUCAUUGUCUUAUUGGCAAUUCUGCACAUUUCAAUCCAUGUGACAGGUCAGUUCUUUUUUGGAACUUCAGAUGAGGAUUGGACCAAGAUUUGUUUUCCAGACCAAAUGUACCCAUAAAUUAGAGGGAAAUAUUGAAGUCACAUUUGUCGUGCAACGUUU